ACGACUGAAACGAGUUCAUUCAUCUUCCUACCUUGCCGCGGCAUUGACUGCGCGAAUAAAAUAAGUCUUGUGUUUCGUCCGCGUCUCACCGCGAAUAAAUAAAUAGUCAACAUAUUAUUAACUGUCGCUCAUUGCUGGUGUCAGUGUCAUAUAGGCAACACGCCUUCACACGAAAUAUUGACAUUAGUCAUCUGUGAUAUAACGAUUAAUAAAUACCAUUUAGGUUAUAUUAAUCGGACACCGGCAGGGUGAUGAUCAGUGUAGCGUGAGGUAGACAACGAGUGGUCAGUGGCUUAUCAAAAACUUUCGAGAUGGAGUCCGCAACUUGGAAGUACAAUUUGGACACUACUCCGAAUUACUCGUACAUUUUCGAUUUUGAGAGCGAGUUUAUCCAUCAGAAUUCAAGGAAAUGGAUGACGGAGAAUUGGACUGUGGCGUUUUACUACGUGGGGGUGUACAUGGCUAUCAUUUUCUUCGGGCACCGCUACAUGCAGACUCGUCCCAGAUUCGAGCUGACGCGGACGCUGAUCGUAUGGAACAGCGCGCUCGCGGCGUUCAGCAUCAUGGGCGCGUGCCGGACACUGCCGGAGUUCAUCCACGUGCUACGGAACUAUGGGAUCUACCACUCCGUAUGUGUUCCGAGUUUCAUCGAAGCAGACAAAGUGUCCGGGUUCUGGACGUGGAUGUUCGUGCUGUCUAAAGUGCCCGAGCUGGGCGACACGGUGUUCAUAGUCCUGCGCAAGAAGCCGCUCAUUUUCCUGCACUGGUACCACCACAUCACCGUGCUGCUAUACUCCUGGUUCUCCUUCACUGAAUACACGUCCUCGGCGCGCUGGUUCGUCGUUAUUAACUAUUGUGUGCACAGCGUGAUGUACUCGUACUACGCGCUGGUGAGCAUGGGCAAGUACCCGCCCAAGGCCCUCGCCAUGACCAUCACGGCCCUGCAGCUGACGCAGAUGAUCGUCGGCUUCGCCAUCAACGUGUGGGCCUACAACUACAUCACCAGCGCCACCGGCGCCUGCGGUAUCAGCAACUUCAACAUCAAACUCUCCAUGGCCAUGUAUUUCUCCUACUUCAUCCUCUUUGCCCGCUUCUUCUACAAAGCCUACCUCUCCCCCAAACCGGGUAAGAAAGCCAAAUCGGAACCAGUCCAGAGUGAAGCUCCCAGCGCCAAGAAGAGUUACAACGAGUAUCCUCGGCAACGGAACGGAGUCGUCGGCGUCGCCCACUAGUCGUAGCGAGUUGUGAUAUGUGCUAGGUUAUUGUACAGUUCCCGUAUGGCUGUAAGGGUACCGAACGGAUCGGACGCGCCGGCACGACCGCAACAUUCGUUCAGAGCGUGAACAUUCUUUCGGAAUUCCAUUAUUUUCGGAACAAACAACUUUCAAGUGACGCUAACAAAACGUCAAACGCAUGUUCUGAAUAAUUUAAUAGGUGAUUAGGUUGAAUAAUGCUUCUAAUUAUUUGCUCAUUUUGGUGUUCGGUUUAGUUUCAUCUAGAUUAAUUGGAAAAUUAUUGAUGUGCUUCGCACGCAAUUACUAUAAUUAAGUAUAAAUUCAAACAUUUCUCGUAAUAAUGAUGGGAAAUGAUCAUCGCGACACCGACAUUAGUCAUAAGAGCAGUGGCGGUGGAGCUAUAAGCUAUUCGUGCAAAAUAUUUUAGAUGAAAAGUAUCAAAAAUGUAGAUCGUAUUUGAAUGUUGGUUGUUGCGUUGCGGCCGGCCGUCCGCCGCCCGCGCCGGCGCCGGGCGCGCGAUACAUUCCGCUAGAUUGUACAGCCGGCCCGAAAUUACUUCGUCGGUAAUCCUAACUUCUACCAGCGGAAAUAAUUAUCAAGAUGACGCAAAAACUCACUAUAUAAAAACACCGGUCGGCUAUCAAACAGGUUGAUCGCGAACAUAUUGAUGUAAAGUUAAAAAUGUAAGUGUAUCAGGUUUCGCGUGGCACAGACAGUUUUUUAUAAUCCAUUGUGGGCUGUUCUGUUGAUAGUCGAUCAGAUAGGAUUACCGACGGUGUCAUCUUCGUCUAUUGGCUUUAGUGUACGCUUCUGUGAGUAGUGACGCCCUCCCAGAGUGAACUGAUGCUUUUAAAUGGGUUCUUUUCUUUACCUUCUAGUAACUUUUUUCGACGCUUUUAUACGUGAAUUAGAUACCGUAUAUUAGGGCGACUGACUGUAAAAAUGACGUAUUAAAACGUUAUAGUGGCAUUUAAUGAAUAUCUGCCGCAUUAGAGUGCACGCCCGCUCUGUUAAACUUUAUAGCGACUUUUACCCCACAUUGUACGGUCUGCUGCUUUCCGACCCAUAUAAAAGCAGUAGUUUUUUUGUUGUUGUUUAUCGUAUUUAUUACUUAAAGAAAACUGAGUGAUUUAAAGGUAAUUUAUUUGUAAAUGGGUUAUAUACCUCUACAUUUAGUAAGGUUAUGGUUUCGCUGUGUGACCGUUGUUGUCUAGAUUAGAUAACUUUGAAACGCUUGUCAAACAAGUGCACAAAGUGUAAGAUUACAAUUCCUGUUAGGGGAAUAAGCAAUAUUAAUGUUUGGUGAAAUUGACAGUGCUUUAGUGGGGGCCUAUGAAUUAGAUGGUCCAGUUCUAUAAGGGCCACUUGCACUAUUCAUUAACCCGGGGUUAACCGGUUAAACCUGGAGUUACUAUGGUUGCCAGUACAAUUUGACACUGGGUUAACGGUUUAACUACUUAACCCCGGGGUUAGCGGGAUGGUGCAAGUGGGCCUAAGAGGUGUGAAUUGUGUCUAAAGAUCCAUCACCAUCGGUUUAGAAAAUAUAGUUGCUUACGAAAUUAUUAUUAUUUAUAAUUGCAUGAUUAAACUCUGAGAACUGAACCAUCGACGUAAUCGUAUGCUAGCCACAAAUAAUUCCAAAUAAAAUAAACUUCAAAUGUCUUUUGGCUUCGCCUUAGUAUUGAGGUAGUCUUUAAACGUCAUUGAAUUUGUGCCAUGAAAAGGUACUGGCGCUGGUAUAUAGCGCAGCCGGGUGAAACUAGGUACUCUGUACCGCUUCUGAUGGAAAAAAUUAAAAUUUAAGUGUAACACGGAACGAUGCAUCUUUUUAGCUCAUACCGUCGAAUAGAUUUUGUAGGAAUGCAUCGUUAUGUCUGUUGAGUUGACGACGUAAUUGGAACAUUUUGACGCAUGACAUUUGAUAGUUGCUCUUAAUCACCAAGACGAUUAUACCUAAAAUAAAAACGGAUUAUUAUCCGGAUUCUAACGUCACAAAAAUGUUGUUAGAAAUACAUAUUUGUUUGUAAAUUAAAUAUGCUAAUAUAAUUCCAAGCCAAUGCCUAAGUUAAGGGCCGCGAUAAAUCACUGUAAUUCUUUUUGUGUUCGGUGAGAUGUUUUAGUCCUAUCUCGAGACGGUUAUAUCCAUUUAAGGCCCAGCCAUACAAAUGAAAAAACCUCCAAUUGAGUAUGAUUUAAAUUUCAUCGAACUGAAUACCUAAGUAUUUUAGGUAGGACCUUGGGCCUUAGAAGGAUAUGGCAUUUUACGAAUAUGGAAAUAUGCUUAGCAUGGUAAACAUAGCGUUCCGAAGGGUGAUAUUUUGGCCCGUGUGCGUGUCGAUUUUAUAAACUAAUGUUAGGUUAGCAAGACGUGAUGCUAACUUGGGCGCACACAAAUUAGUUCUUUAAGCGUUACUAAAAGUCCAAAAUAGUUAGUCAUUUUACUAUUAGUGUUGGAAAUUCUGACAACUACGUACUUACAUUUGGUCAGAUAACAUGCCCUUUGAACUAGUGCUUCACUAGAUACCUGAUUAGUGCAAAAUAUUACAGUUAACAUGCUAAGGCUCGAAAUCUUUAUACUGAGAGCAGUUUUAUCACUUCUUUAAGGGCGUAGAAAAACUAAUACAGACUUGGGAUAAGUUUUAGGCAAUUUAGUACAAAUAGUACACGCUCGCCCCCGGGCCGUUAGACCAAAUGUAAGGAUCAUACCAUAGACCCUGUGUCAGUGAUAUAAAUAUAAUGUUCGCGUCAAGUACAUAGUAACGAAAAAUAGCAUUUUGAAUUUAGAUAAUCGUUGUUGAUAUUUCCCCUGACAUCUUACAGUUUUAGAGGAGUUUAAAAUGAACUUGGGACGUUGUCAAAGAGAAGGAAGACUAGAAUAUCGGGCCUCUGAAAUUGGUAUCUCAUUUUUUUGGAAACAAAAACAUGAGAUAAACUGAACAUGUAAUAUUCAGGGUGGUAUUCCACCUAUCCAAUUUCUUUGUCCAAUAUGUAUUGCGUCUCACAUUUUGCUUUAAUGAGGUAUUGAGACGCACUGACAUUGGACAAAGAAAUUGGACAGGUGGAAUACCACCCUUAGAUGUAAGAAGUUCUUCGCCUUCUCAUUGACCGGAUCCAGUUACACAAUAAAUUUAGAUUAGAAAAUGUAUUCCCUAAAAUGACUUAAAAUUUGGUUGGCCAAUGGACAACCAUAGUAGUGUUAGGCCAGGUCAAUUUCGUCUAGUUCCACUAUAGAAGUCACAAUUACAAGCUAAGUUCAUAAAAGAUUAUAAAAUAAUUUAUAUUUUGCAGAUAGGCUGUUAUUUUUCAUUGUCCAGUCCAUUGUUUUAUUUAUGGAUAGGUGGGUUUAGACAUUAUUUAGACUAAUAUAAUGUUUCAUAGGUAAGUAUUUUUUAUUUGUUAUGUUAUGUAUUUUGAUAUUACAAAUCAUAAUAUGGAUUUACGAACCUUGUUCUUGGUUUAUUUUCAUUAAAGAUAGGUAGUGGAUUUUGUGAUGCUUAUUAUUUGUUUUAUGACAGUUUUUAUCUUUUUAACUGCCUUGAUAAACGAAUCAUGUCUUUUACAACUUUAUGCUGUGAUCAGAAUAAAAUGCUAGAAUGUUCUAGCUUACAAAAUGUUUGAAUCAAUAGUAUUUAGGUACCUAGAUUAUAUUUUGGCCCUAUGCACUUUCUGUUUUUCGGUGAGAUGCAAAUUUCAACAAGCCUUGACGUUUGGACGUAAUUUCGACGUAUUAAUUAGUACAAAAUCAUAUACAGUCUAAUUGGGCUGGAUAGAAUAUUCUUAUUAAUUGUAUUAAAUAUUGAACAAUCUGUACCUAAGGGCCACCCCACAUCUAGCGUCCCUCGAGCGUCGGCUAUAAUCCAGCCAUAUGUAUUGGCCUGGACGUGGCUAACACCACAUGGAAGAUCAAAUUUAAAUAAGUAUAUUACGUUUUUUUUUGUCUAUGUACCUACAUCUAUUGCUACCAUCACAUGACAGCGUUUUACGCCUGUAACUAGGUAUUCAAAAUACGAAAAGGUUUUUAACACUAUAAAAACAAGUAAUUGAUCGAAGGGUUUCGAAUUGAACCCGAAUAUUUCAUAUUGUAUACUUACCUAAUGAAUAAUCAACAUUCAAUAAAGACAUUGUCAUAAACAUUUACCCCCUUAUUCAUAAAACUUUACGGACCUGAUUUAGUUAAAUGUUUUAUCCCUUUCUUACAAAUACAAAAGUCAAAAUGACAGAUAAAGGCAAACGAUUAUUAGCUAAUUGAGGUUUUUAGCGCGUUUAUGAGUUAGGGGGUUAGCAUUUACUUAUUUUAUUUAAAUAUAUAUGCGUAUUUUUCUCGCAUUUACAAAUGCUGUUGUUGUUCUGCCUAGAAUGGACUAGCGGUUACAGUUCCAUAGUACUCGAUAAAAUAUUUUUAAAAUAUAUUUUUGUGAAUGUUUUGUGGUUACAAUUCUGGAGAAAAUAUUAUUGUCAGAUGUCCAUCUUAAUAUAAAGAAUAUGGAAUUAUUCUUACAAUCAUUCAUUUGUAUUUUCUGGGCGAAUAAAGCGUUAGUGCAUUAA